AGAUCGGAGCUGGACUUGUUAGGGAAGGUUUCCUGGCCUCGACGACCUGAGGACUUUGCAACUGCUGCUGAGACCAUGUCUAGCAAUGGGACAGAAGCUCCUGCUGAAGAAGUUCAGGCUGCUGUGGAGGAUCCUACCAUGCAGCCUAGUGUGGUGGGCCGUGUUGCCAACCUGCCUCUCAUCAGUUCCACAUGUGGGAUGGUGAGUGCUGCCUACACCUCCACCAAGGAGAGCUACCCCCACGUCAGGACGGUGUGCGACGUGGCUGAGAAAGGGGUCAAGACCCUCACCACAGCUGCGGUCAGCAGGGCGCAACCCAUCCUGUCCAAGCUGGAGCCCCAGAUUGUGACAGCCAACAAGUAUGCACACCAAGGGCUGGAUAGACUGCAGGAGAGUCUGCCCAUCCUCCAGCAGCCCACUGAGAAGGUUUUGGCGGAUACUAAGGAACUGGUGUCAUCAACAGUGUCUGGGGCUCGAGAAAUGGUAUCCAGCUCAGUGUCUGGUGCAAAGGACACAGUGGCCACUAGGGUCACAGGAGCAGUGGAUGUGACCUGUGGGGCUGUGAAAAGCAGCGUGGACAUGACCAAGUCCGCAAUGACCAGCGGUGUUCAGUCAAUCAUGGGUUCCCGCGUGGGACAGAUGGUGAUUAGCGGAGUGGACAGGGUGCUGGUGAAGUCGGAGGCCUGGGCAGACAAUCGCCUGCCCCUGACAGACACAGAACUAGCCCUGAUUGCCACAUCUCCAGAGGGCGCAGACAUGGCCUCCCUGCAGCAGCAGAGACAGGAAAGGAGCUACUUUGUCAGGUUGGGCUCGCUCUCCGAGAGACUCCGCAACCAGGCCUAUGAGCACUCCCUGGGCAAGCUGUGUAAUGUCAGGCAGAGUGCACAGGACGCGCUGCAGCAGCUCGCACAUGUGCUUAGCCUGAUGGAAUCUGUGAAACAGGGUGUGGACCAGAGGCUGGAGGAGGGGCAGGAGAAGCUGCACCAGAUGUGGCUCACCUGGAAUCAGAAGACCCCACAGGAUGCCGAAAAGGACCCAUCUAAGCCAGAGCAGGUGGAGGCCCAGGCACUCAGUGUGUUCAGGGACAUCGCCCAGCAGCUUCAGAGCACGUGUGUGGCCCUGGGGGCCAGCAUCCAAGGCCUGCCGAGCCACGUCAGGGAGCAGGCCCAGCAGGCGCGGAGCCAGGUGGAUGACCUUCAGGCCACCUUCUCUGGCAUCCACUCCUUCCAGGACCUCACAGCCAGUGUUCUUGCCCAAACUCGAGAGCACAUAGCCAGAGCCCGAGAUGCCCUUGAGCACACUGUGGAGUAUGUGGCCCAGAACACUCCAGCCAUGUGGCUGGUGGGCCCCUUUGCUCCUGGAAUCACUGAGAAAGCCCCUGAAGAGAAGUAGGGAGAAGGACCAGGGCCAACACCUAUCUGACUUGACUGCUUUUCCCAACAGUCCUGUUGCACAGCAGGUCUUCCCCUACUCUGAGUCUGAAUGAGACGUGUUUAACCUUUUCCCAUCAGUCUUUUUAAAGCAAAAAUAUUUUUUCUAGAAUCUAGAAUGUUCUGGAAAAAAUUGUUUUCCUGAAAAAAUGAGGAUGAUGAAUAGUGAUAGCACAAGCCUGUCAUCCUGGGCCAGCCCUGUGGUGUAGAAGCAGGAGGGUCAGUUCAAAGCCUGACUGCCACAUAGCAAAUUCAAUGAUAGCCUAGACUACGUAAGACCUUGUCUUGAAGUAAAUCAGGCAUAGUGACAUUCCACUCCAGUUUCUUUCCUGCAUUCAUGGCCCAGAAUAGCAAGAGCUUUUCUGACAGACCCUGAUACCUGGUCCAAGAAUCCAGCAACUGUGACAGGAUGGAGAACUGGAGUGUUGCAGUCGUUUCAGAUGAGAAAGUGAGAGCUGAGAAUCCACUGUCCCUUAGAUAAUGCCUUAAUAAAUUUUACCUGCUUCAGAGACCA